CCUACCUUUUGUUGUGAACUUUGACACUAAUCAAGGCAAGGAACAUCGCUUGUAGAAUAGACUGAUCAUUUGUUUGCAUAUCCUUAUCUUUCCUUGAGCACAACUGCUUUUUUCAUUAUCACUACAUUUUGAAAAUACAAUUUACAAAACUAGACGAGUGUGGAAUAUAUGCGUCGAUCUUCCAAUCAACUUAGUAAGCUUGCCGAUUUGGUGAAGGGUUUGUGACUUCGGAUUUGUGGAUACUCAUACUACGAACUUAUGUUAUAUACACGUCCAUGCUCAUACUGGGUGGCAGAAAAACAAAUAUGAAAAAAGUGUAUAAUUGUAUCUUGUCAUCUGCCGUCUGACCUGCACAGAUCCAUCACAGGUAUUCGAUGGAAGCAAAACAAGUUUUGUAAGGUAUUGUUUAUGUAUAAUAAUAUGGCAUUGUUAUUUUUACGCAAAAUCAGACAUAUUCAGAAUCAAGAGAGUAUAUGUCAAAGGUGUGUCGUCAGUUACUUCGCCCGUCACAGCUUCUCUGUGCUAAAUCUCGAUGCGAGUUCUGAAAAUCGUGCCAAUUCAGCUGAAAAUAGCAAAACAUUCAGCGAAUAUGUUGAGACUUUCAAAGCGGCUUUGGCGGUCUCAUAUGCGGGAGGCGGGGCCAAAGCUAUAGAAAAACAUACAGCAACGUCAGAAGAUGGUCGUUGAAGACAGAGUGAAAGCAUUAAUAGACCAAGGCAGCCCAUUUUUAGAGCUUUCUCCGUUAGCUGGUUUUCAGAUGGAGUAUGGAACAAUUCCUCGUGCAAGCAUGCUCACAGGUUGCCAAAGAAUUGAUAAAACUUUUGAGAAAUAGACUGAUCAGUUUUAUGUUAAGGCAUUGGUCGUGUGUCUGGCAAGCUGUGCAUGAUCCUAGCAAAUGAUGGAGCUGUCAAAGGAGGCUCUGUCUAUCCUAUCACCGUCAAGAAGCAGCUUAGAGCCCAAGAAAUUGCACUACAAAAUCGCUUGCCCUGCAUCUAUGUUGUAGACUCAGGGGGUGCAUUUCUACCAUUGCAGUCUGACAUCUUUCCUGACAAAAAUCAUGGAGGCAGGUCAUUUUACAAUGAAGCAGUUAUGUCUGCAGCACAAAUACCACAGAUUGCUGUUGUAUGUGGAAGCUGCACAGCAGGAGGAGCUUACAUUCCAACUAUGGCUGAUGAGGCAGUUAUUGUCCAUAAAACUGGCUCUGUCUUCUUAGGAGGUCCACCACUUGUAAAAGCUGCCCUUGGGGAGAUAAUUUCUGCAGAAGACCUUGGGGGAGCCACUUUACAUUGCAGUGUAAGUGGUUGCACAGACUAUUUUGCUCCAGAUGAAAAGUCUGCCCUUCAGAUUUGCCGUGAUAUUGUUGCAACAUUAAAUGUCCACCAUAAUGAAAUUAAGGGAAGACUACCAGCUUCCUCACCACUGUAUGAUCCAGAAGAAAUAUCUUCCUUGGUUCCCAGCUCAGAACAGCACAAACUAGAUAUGUACCAGGUCAUUGGCAGGUUAGUGGACAGGAGUUUAUUUCACGAGUUUAAGAAAAUGUAUGGCCCCACGCUGCUGACUGGAUUUGCACACCUAGAUGGGUACCUUGUGGGUAUUGUUGGCAACCAAGGGGAAAUCACUUCAGAUGCAGCUUCCAAAGGAGCACAUUUUGUGACUCUGUGCAAUGAACGUGGAAUUCCAAUAUUAUUUCUGCAAAACACAUGGCCUGAAACACCUCUAGAAGCUGCUGUUCAUGCAAACCAGCUAAAAUGCCAGGCACAAAUGAUGGCCAUUGUCAGCUGCUGUAGUGUCCCUAAGAUCACCGUCGUUGUUGGUAAUGCGGUUGGACUCACUCACUACCUCAUGGGAGGCAAAGCAACAAGUCCCAGCUUUAUUUUUUCUUGGCCAAACUCUAUACGCUGCAUGGAGUCUCCAAAUUCAAUAAUGAAAGCAGUCAGUACAAACUUGGGCUUGACAAUACAUGAUGAAGACAAAAGAAAGGAGCUAUUGGCAAAAGCUAGAGCAAGGACUGCAUCUGAAACUAGUGCAGUCUUUGCUUCCUCACGCAUGUGGGAUGAUGGGAUUAUUUUGCCUCAAGACACGAGACAGGUACUCUCCCAGUGUCUAUCUAUUGUAAGUGCCUACAAGGAGUCCACAAAUCAACUCUAUCCUGUGAUACGUAUGUAAAAUACCCAGAGUGCUUUGCAGGCUUCGGUGACCUUUUGCCAGAAGUGUCUGAAAAGUCACACUUCUUGUGGAAGAAGUUGUAAAGCUGCUGUGCCUGCACAGAGUUUCCAAGAACUGCAGUAAGCUCUUCCAGUGAUGCUUUGGAAACUGCAAGGAUAUUGUCAAACUUCUUCAGGACAGAGUGGUAGUUUUUUGUUGUUACACCAGGCAUGCGGAGAACCAUGUCCUGAAGUUGAGGGGAAAAAAAUACAAAUUAAACAAAUCAAUAAGAACAAUA